AUGCUGAAGGAACUACAGACCUCCCUUCAAGCUGACUUCACAAAACAUGCCAAAGAUGUCCGGAUGGACAUACAAGCAAUGGGUGAACGCACAUCGCAUUUGGAGCAGAAGGCGGAGCAGUUGAUUGAAGCGCAUAAUUCACUGGUUUAUGCUUAUAGCUGCAUGCCAAAUUUCAUUGC